GGUCUGAGCCAAUGCUGCGUGCCGAGUAGACAGCUGAGUCUCGCGACAGCAACAGCGCCGAUUUUAUCUCUUUUUGUGGCCUUCUGCUCCAACUAACUCGGGAUUUGUCAAGUUUCUUUGUCGUUCUCGACUGUUGUAGUCUAUUUUUGCGACAGUGUCCGCAAACCAAGCCUCAAACAGCUCCUCCACGACUCGACACGAGUCGUUUCGGCGCGCCAGCUCAGGAAUCCAACUCGGUCUCGAUCCAGCAGUUCCGGCUUCGUUUUCUGUAGUUAUCCUGUACAAACAAGAGCUGACGGUGUUGGACUUCCUUGUCCUGCGACACCAGCGCUACUCAACGUCGGUGAGGCUCUAUGCGCAGUGUGUGAAUUAUCGUCCUCACUCGUGUUAAAACAACGCGAGACAACUCCUUUCUCACUUCUCAGAUCUCUCGCAGCGCCAUUGUUUCACCCGCGAGUUUCCAUUGUGAGCAAACAGCGAUUCUGCUGGCAAGCAAAACGCAACUUUAUCCCCCCAGUCGCCCGUUCUACCGCUCCGAAGAAUGGCCUUCUCUCCUCAUUUUGUAACGUCACUGGAAUUCUUCAUCAAAAUGACCUUCCGUUUCCACCAGCGAGCGACUCUCUUAGCCGUUUGACUGACUUCUGACGAGUUCCUAAGAACGAUGUGUGGCACAACGGAGCUGGCAACGCCAGCAAAACUCUGACAAACCGUUUACGUUCCACAAACUUCGUCGUGGCUGCACGGCACAUGGCCCCGAGUUGAGGAACGAUCGUUUCUGUGUCUGUGCUCCCUCUUGUGGAGUCUCAGGGCUGCUGGGUCUCUCUGCUUCAGCAAAGGAACCCAGGGGACCUUCGAGCAGUUCCCAUCUCAGUGUCUUUCUGUCUCUUUUUCAUGGCGUUUUCGCCUUGUCAAUGAAACUCAAAGAAAAGAAAGCACCUGCCUUCUUGUGCGUUGCUUCGUGGCGUCUGUCGGUCGAGAGACAACUCUCGAGCUCCACACCGUUACAGGAAACCUUUGAGUCAAACAACAAAGGUCGGUCUAUAAAUCUGAGAUCUUGGCACCCUUCACAAUCUAUGUUCUUCGGUUUUUUUUUGUUGCCGAAGCAGUUUCCUCCCGCGUUACUCCCGCGUCUGGCCGAGCGAGCUUGCUACGAGUUCCGCCACGGCCCUGCCUGCCUUCCCCCUCUUUCCCCUUCGCUCCAAGUGGAUUCUUCCCUCCGCCGUUCCUUCCUCGUCCUUGGUCUUGCCUCGUCCUUGGUCUUGCCUCGUCCCGCUCGACUUUCUCUCGUCUCACUUCUCUCACUUCUCCUUUCCUUCUUUAGCAAGCAUGCCUUUGAGCUCUCUAUGCUUCUUCGAGUCCUAGUAGGAUCCCCCUUUCUGCUUUGAAAUCGAGGAGCAUGACAGCGUCAGCAGCGUCACCUCGCCUGCAGUCUUCUGUCUCCUCCGCGGAGACGCCCUGCGCCCCCAGCGAGUGCGCCUCUCCCGCGUUUUCUGUCUCCGCGCGUCAUCGUUUCUUCGCCUUCGAAGAUCUGCCAGCUGCGGUGACGAUGUCUGUCAGUGAAGAGCCUCUCCCCUCUGCGUCUCAAUGGCGGCGCCCCUGGCCGUCCUUUGCAUCUGUUCCUGCCGCUUCUCCUUCCUGUCCUUCGUCGCCUUCUUCUCUCUUUCCUCCAGAGAUCCUCUUGCCCUCAGCGCAACGAAGCGAGCAGAUGGAGACGGCUCCUUGCGGAGAAGCCAGCGACGAGGACGGCGGGACACCGCGACCAGAGCAGCAGCUUGUUCUCGCUCUCCGACCUGAGGCAGAGGAAUCCGCGCAUGCACGCGACAUCGCGAGAGCAGACGAAAUCGAAAGUGGAAGUGCAUGGGGCAUCUACAUGCUCGCGAGUCUCGCCCUAGCAGCUGCCGCGGCCGUAACGAGACAACUUGGAGGCGAGGCAUCCCGAAAAAAAUGUGGAGCAGCCAAGAGACAGCAGCUCUUCACCCUCUUGGGGCUUCCUCUCCCUUCGCUGCCGAGUCCAUGUUCUUUCUCACCGCGUCAGUCGUCGUAUCCGCGUUCUUCCUUCUCUGUCGCCACGUCGAUUCUUCUGUCUCUUCCGUUGCCUUGGCCUCUCGCACGACAUGAAGAGCAACACCCCACCCUACGAGCUGCCUCCCGCUUCUCCCUUUCCUCCUCUUCGUCUUGCUCUCCUCUUUCUUCCUCGUCUUCGUCUCCCUACGCCGGCCAGACAGUGUCGUCCUCCGCCUUGGAGCCAGGGACCUCAGUCGAUGAAGGCUUCUCUCUCGACCCCCGUUCUCUCUCGUUUCUGCAGCCUCCCAACUCUCCUGUGGGUCGCCGCCCGGCUGUCGGCUCUGCGUCGCUCAGUCUGUGUUGCGAGAGCAGCGAGGCACCGCGCGCGUGCUGUGCCUGCUCGGCACAGUCUCCUCUCUUCGCGGGUCUGCACCCGCAUUUGCCAUUCGCUUCUCUGAAGGAGAAAGAGCGCUUCUUCGCGAAGCCUGGGGCUCGCGUCGCGCUGCUCUACGAGGGGUGGCUGAUGAAGGAAAGCAAAUGGCGACGCGUGUGGAGACCGCGAUAUCUGAUGUUGUUUGCCGUUUUCAGAGGUCCUUGCGAGGCGCUGCAGCGAGCAGAAGGCCGGGCAAGAAAGCGACGUCUUUCGGAUUCAAAGGCAGAAUCAGACUCUCCUUCUCAUUUCAACAACUCGUGGUGUCUUUCGCACCGGGCCGCUGCGCCGGAGUCUGGCCAACUCGAGCCUGUCUUCUCCGAAAGUCUCUCUGCGCCCCAUUCUUCCUCCGUGUCUCGUUCGCUUCAAAAGAACGAGGGUCGAAGAGAGGAAGAAGUCGUCGACGUUGGAGAGCCUCGAAUGACCUCCCCGGAGGCGGGAAGACAGAAGUCUGCCCCGACGCCAGGCGCGCGCCUUCAGGGCCUUCUGUCUCCGUUGUUCUCGAGAGCGAACAGCGCUCAAGUCGAGACCCGAGGCCAGGAGCCGACUGGAGUUCAGAGGCUUGUUGCUUCGCUCUUUGGAAAUAGUGGAGAAGAGGGAACGUCUUUAUGGAAGAAAUGGAGAGAGAGCAGACGUAUCUCAGCCCAGGAGAGAGGCACGAUAGGACCAAGAGACUCGCGCAAGAAAGAAACACAGAAGGAGACUGGUCGCCUCUGCAAGGCCUGCGCUCGUUGCCAGCUGUUUCUCGCUGCGUAUGAAGUCAAUCCGAGAUGUGGGAAGAAUAGAGCAAGUGGAACAAGUGAAGCUGCUGCUGGCUCGGCUCCGUCCUCUUCAUCAAGUCUCUCGAGGUGUCCAGACACUCACGGAGCUGAAUCCGAGGCGAACGCGGGACCAUCGGGCGAUGAAGAAAAAGAGGCUCUCGUCGACCUGCUCGGCCCCAGAGGCCCGCCGCCCACGGAGAUCAUCCCCCUCAACUUGGAAACGCCUGUCCAGAUUGUUCCUGCUGUGUUGCGGCGGUCGCGCAUCCACGCUCCGCGUCGGCCUUCAGGGCGAGACAGCUCUGCUUCUCUUUCGUCUCCGUCUCCUUUUUCUUCUGCUGCUUUGCCGUCUCCCUGGGCGACAGUCUCUUCUCGCUUGCGGCGGAGCCGAAGUGAAAAGCGAGAAGUCGGACAGGAGGCUGUUCUCAACGACAGAAUGGGGGGGGAUUUAUGUCCGGAAAAAUCUCCAUGGUUUUUCCAUACACUUGAAGAAGAAGACGACGCAAAGUGGGAGUGCCUCGAAGAGACAGACAGAGGCGACGGCCAGGUGGAUCGCGUCGCAUGCGAAACUCUUCUGCUCCGCGGCGUGGGGACCGAUCGUCUCCUCCGGUUAGCGCCUUGUUCUCUGCUCGCGAAGGCAGGCCACCAGUCUCUUCCCUCUUCUCUCCGGAUCCGCUCUCUCUCUCCUUCUUCUCGUUCCUCGUCUCCGCGUCGCCAACUGCAGGCGACAGCUGUCGGGCUUCCUCUCCAAGCCGCGCAGCUGCCCCAGGAUCCCCGCUCUCAGUCUAACAGCAGCGACACAACCGCGCCGCCGUCUCGUUUCUCGUCGUAUCCUUCUUCUUUCUCUUCUUCUGCUUCCUCUGCGUCGUGUCGGUCUCCUUCUUUCGUCUGCUCUUCUCUCCAGAUGGGGAACAUCUCCUCCGUCUCCUCUUCCUCUCACUCCUCGCCACGCCUUCUGCAGACAAGCGAGGCUCCGGAGAGCCUGAGAAGAGCCCCGCCGGCCUCCACCCCAAGAACCUCUUCUUCUCUCUCUUUUUCUCCCUUUGACGAUAGCGAAGGAUGCAGUGUCUCUGCAGCUCGGCGUAAAGAGGGACACCAGAGUAGAUGUGGGGAUAUGCCUGCGGAAGGGAGACAUUCGCUCCUGUCUUCUCUCCGAGGCCCGUGGAACUCGACGGAGACAGGGGUCGCAACGGGGAGACAGAGCGCCGCUCACGAACGCGGAGGAGAACGAAUCGAGGAGGAAGGCGACAGAAGAGAGACUCUUGGAAAAGAAAGAGAGACACGUAAUAGGAGAGAACCAGGUGGAGAGGAGAGUGGAGAAGAGGAGGUAGUGACAUGUUUGCUUCAACUACAGAGUUUGUGGCCAGGAGACAGACCGCCAGAGGUGAAGGCGGAAAAGAGAGAAGUGGAAGAAAAAGGAGAACGGCCGACUGGGGAGUGUCGAAGUGUCGCUUUCUCACAAGACGAGAACAUGCGUUUUCGUUUUCAAGAUGUCUUUGACAAUAAAAAAAGUGACUCUCCGGAGGACGCCCACGAAGGCUGUUCCAGCAGCUGCUGCGAGGAGGCCGGCAGCCGCGAGCUUCGCAUGUGGGCUGAAGCGAUCAAUCUUUUCCUUUAUCCUCCGUGUCGUUCUUCUUCAUGUCAUCUGUCUUCUUGUUCUCUCUGUUCUUCUCUCUACCUCCCUCACCAAGAGGAGCAGACGCUCCUGUCCUCUCUGCAGAGCCAGGUCUCUUCUGGGGUCUGGUCAAGGCGCUCGCGGGUGCCUCUCGGUCUCUUCAAAACGCAAAAAUGUCUCCUUCCAUUCCUCACCCCACACCCUCGCCCCGAUGCAUUCCUCCCCUCCUCGAGCCCCCUCCAACUUUUUCUCUCGCCGUGUCGAUUCGCCGCUCUCUCGUCUGCCUCUGCUAGCGAGAUGUCUCCGCGCCAUGUCUCCGCAGGUGUCGGCAAAGAGGCCUUCUCGGAUGCACGUACAGCUAGUCGGUGCUGCUCCUUCGUGGAGUGCUGCGGCCGUCGGGGGAUUGCAUGCUGCUGUGCGAAAAGAGAAAAAAACAGUCAGGAGCGAGUGGAAAGUCGCCUCGCAGAAACGAGAAGUUCGACCCGAAAUCCAGAGGGCAGCCAAGACCUGUUUAGUCCAAGAGCCGCCUCUGCUUGGGACGGGGAGAUCGACUGUCUCCAGCCCAUGCACUGCGGAAGGAGACACUGUGGGGCGGAGCAGGGCCUCGUGGGAGGGAGCGACAGAAAGGCUGGUAGAGAGACAGGGAGACGGUUCUUCACGGAGGAAAGUGAACAAACGAAGGAAGGAACAAUGAAUGUUGACAGAGUUCGCUGGACAGAGACCACGGAAGGAGAGAGAAGCGAGAAAAGAGUCCGACGAUCCUUUCAGCAGCACUCGUCGGUUGCUCUUCUCUCCGAGGCUGGAAGGCCCUUACCACUGGUAAACCGGUGGCUGCAAGUUGUGGGGCGCGAGAAACACGGUCUGCUUCCUGUUGUCUAUGGCCGAAGUGACUGGCAGAGCCUACCGCACCAGUCCUCUUCCUCAGUUGAGUCUUCCUCGUGCUCUCCACUCGUCGCGCCUCCCCCACUACCCUCGUGGCAGAAUCAAGAGAUCCUUCUUCUCUCUCUCCUCCAAGCAGAGAGAAGUCGCGGGAACCAGCCGCCUCCUUCGUCUGUUUCCUCUUCCUUCCCUGGGCUCGACAGAAGGCAGCCUGAACUUGGCUUGUCAGGGGACAGCGCGUUCUUGCCUGUUACGUCAAAUCGGCAUCUGUUGCGUUGUGGUCGUGCAUGCAGACCAAGCACGAAAGAGCAAGGGAGAGGAGACGAUGGGAGACACGAAAUGACAGAUGACAACUGGGUUAAAUGGUGGUGCGAUCGAAUCGGAUUCGAUGACCUGCGUCUCCGACUCUUCACUUACGCGGUCGCCAACAAAGGGUCUGUAUAAACACACUUGUACGACAGACACGGGGACCGGAUACAAAGACACCCAACUUGUUCAUUCGUGUUUGUACAGGGAUGUAUCGAGGGCGUGUAUACAUGCAUAUGCAGGUGGAGAUACGUGAAUAUUCCGAGGGGGUAUCCUACUCAUGUAGGUGCUUCGAAGGAAGCAUCGAUUGUCACGCUAUGAGGAUUUAGGUCAGGGCAUGCCUAAAUCCAUUUUGUCGUUUACGCAUUUAAACAUGUCUAUAGCAAUUCCAUUACGGAAAUCCAGGUGAUAUUACAUUAUCAGGGAUGAAGAGAUAUUCGUAUAUAUAUAUAUAUAGAUAUAGAUAUAGAUAUAUAGAUAUGCAUACGGGAUGGUGAUGGCACAUAACGGCUAAGGUAGCAGGUGCAGAGACAUUGUGAGGUAUCUCUUUGGGUAUGGUGUAACAGGUACAGAGACGCCUUCUUUUGAUUUGUCGGAAUUUUCCGAUAGCGCGGUGCUCUGUUUAGGGAACCAUCAGAUGCAACGUUUCAGACUCUACGGAAAAACGCGAAUUUGCGAAGGGUACGCAUUCCACUGCAUCGCCAGAAACAAAGCAAUGAGGGAGGAAACACGAACGAAAAGAAAACCGAGCAACGAGAGAUUAGAAACAGGCGAGUGCUUUCAUCUGCGUGUUUUGAUACCUACCACGGGAAUUGGAAAAGGAGAUUUGAGGUGACAACGGACGUGAGACAAAGAAGAAGCAGAAGGGGAGAGGAAAGAAAAAAGAAGAAACUACUGCGACGGAGACACUGGAGACGAUAACACGAGACGAAAAGAAGGAAUAGAAAGGAUGCAGAAAGGUCGGAAACUUCAAGGUCAUCCGGCUUGUGUCUCUUCGUGGUCCUUUUCACAUGUCACAGGGACGCGAAAGAAAAAAAGGAAUUCCAGUUCCAUUGCUGCUUUCUAAAAGUGUUUCUGUCAGUUUUUUUCUGAUAAACAAAAGGUCUUGCUUUUCAGUGUGUAUCGUUUAUCCGCGACACCACCUCUUCCCUUUUCAUAUUUUUUCUUCUCUCCGGCGAUCGUGUCCGUGCGUUCACUGGCAAAAUGGGGAAGACCAGUAGAUAUUGCCCGGCAUCCCGGGGUUGUUGGCAAUGCCUUACUCAACGCCGACAUAAUUCAUUUCGUGUUUUCUUCUGAAGUCGAGUAGAACGGACUCAAGUAACCGACAGUGUUGCAUAGAGCUCUCCGGCUCUCCUCCUGUUCGACUGCCUUAGCUGUCGUAGAGAAGGACGCAGAAAAGAUGGAAGAGAAACAAAAGAAACAAGCAGAAGCUGGCGGAUAGGGCUUUCACGUGUCGGGGGCCUGGUGUUAGCUGUCCCACUCUGAGAAUGAAAUCGAACCAUACUCAAAACGCCCGUGGCGACUUCCGCAAGAAUCGGAUUUUGUUACGUGUUUUCUUUGUCAACCACCACAGUGCUUUGCAACCGAACCGUCG